AUGUCUUCCCCCCAGGAGGAGAGGUGUCUCUUAGGUUUCCCCUGUGUGAACCCUUUGGUGGCCCAGCUGAUGUUGAGUAGGGGCCCCUCUCUCCACUGGCUCCUGGGGGCCUCCCUCUCCCAGCUGCAGGAGCUGCUCCCUGAGGUCCCUCACAAAGUCAUCAAGCUCUUCAGUGACACCACGUCUCUGUACAAGCUGACUGCGGCUGCCUCCUCCACAGAGUCUCACACUGACUUCACUCAUCAGAAAGACCACAAUAGCCCCACUGAGCCUUGGGCCACAAGCAGAGACAAUAAAUACACACACACCGACCCUAAUACAAGCCGCGACCCACACGCCGACUGCAACCGUCACACACACCGCGACCCAGAACCAUUCAACUCCAACUGCUUCCUUGCUGGCUCCCCCAGUGCUGAUAGUGUAGCGGGGAGCUUCUAUGAAGAAAGCUCUGUCAUGACGAAGGAAGGCGGUGACUUCCAGGUGGACUUGAGUCCCUCCUUCGGCUCCCAGCAGGCCCCUUUUCAGCACACCUGGAGCCACAACCCAUGGGAGGUUGAGGAGAGCGAUGAGCUGAAGUUUGUAGGCUGGAAUAGAGGAGGAGAGGAGUGGACGGGCAGCGCACCCCUACACCAGGAGUCCUGUGGCUCCCCCAGAGACUACGCGCCAGAAAAUCAAUUCCCGACGGGCCUCUCAUCCUCAUUCAGCUACAGCACCAACACACAGAGACCAGCGUACUUCGACAACCAGAUGUACUCGUUCUCUACAGUAGGGUACAGUGACCGGCUGCACUACCCUAAAGUCAGCCACAACCCCAGCCUGGCCUCGCCUAGAGGAUCUCUGUCAUGGGGGGGCAGUAGCAGUGGCAGCCCCUACAACACUGCCCAGGGGAGGGGAGACAUGAGUGUGUCACCUGACUAUGGGACCAGUUACAGAACGGGGAUAGAGAGGAAGAGGAGAGCAGAAGGCCCAGAGAUGGCUGGCACAGUUUUAACGCCAUUGAAGAGGGGAAAGCUCAGUUAUGAGAAGGUGCCAGGCCGAAGUGAUGGACAGACAAGACUAAGGUUUUUCUAAAAUGUCUCAUAUUUAUGAAGUGGCAAAAUAGUAAGAUCGACCUGAAAAAUGACCAGAAAACUCUUAAAACAUACAAGGAUAGAAUCCUGUCAGUCCCUUGCCCUGUCUACAACUAGUGAUAUUCAGUAUGUAAGAAAUACAGGUACA